AUGCCUCGGAAAUCAAAACGCCCUCCCUGUCCCUGUCAGGAAAGGAAACUCCCCCCUCUUCAUCACCCUCUCCCUCUCCGCCAAGACCUCUCCCCUAUUUUUCCCAGACCCCCUUCCUCAACUGCCUUACCCAGUCCCCAUCCCUGCACCCCUGAACCCCAGCCUCCUUCCCAAUCACCUCAACCUCCUCCCAAGAUCAUCUCUCCCAAGACCUCCACCCACCUUCCCAACCCACACCCUGAAGCCUCCCAACCCCACCAUCCCCCUUCCCAAAGACUCCUCAACCGCCCCCAAAUCUCCCCCAACCUCCUAAGACCAGCUCUACUGUCCCCCACAAGACCUUCCCAUCAGCCCAAACCACCAAUUCAGCACCCCACAACCUCUUCCCUUUCCAAACCCACCCCUCAACACCUCCUUCUCCCAUUUCUUCCCAAACCUCCCCCUCAAGGCCCUAAACCCCCUACCCCUAAAACCAGAAAAACCCCUCAAACAUCUACCCGUUUCCCCUCCCUCGAGCCUUUUGCAAAGGGGUUCGCCAGGAAUCCCAGGCCACCACCCCCCUACUAG